GCACGCAAAAGUCGUUUCACCGCGGCCGACGACCACUGAACAAUUUAGACUUGAAUUUAUGAAGUCGACUGUAGACGUAUAGUGGGCAAAGUUCACUGUACAUCACCCGAAUCAGAAGUCAUGGAUGUUCAAAAGAAUACAAUACAAAAGAAGUCCUUUGUAAAACGGCCUGUUGGAAUUUUGAAGAAACAACUUGGAUACACUAGAGAGUUUUUUCACCCAAAUCUCGCUAGAAUUAUCAUACCGACAUUGCCAUAUGAAGCACUCGAUUGCUCAGGAGAAAAGAUUCUUCCUUGGUCGUUGAUGAAACUGUUCGACUCAUGUGAAAUUAGUGAUUUUUGGCCCUUUCAAGACGAGCCUCAAGGUCCGGCUCAUGACAAGGUCAUGUACAUACUGAAUUAUGAAUUAGAGAUUGAUGAAGCACUUUAUACAUCUGAUUCUCCAAAAGUUCCGUUAAUCAUCGAUAACACUGUCAAGUACGUUAAGAACGCCUCGCGGUUUACUGAAAGUAUUUUGCGACAUCCGGAAGUGGAAAGGCAGUACGCUAAAUGUUCUGGAAUUGAAGUAAAUAUGGACCCAGAAACGAGAAAACCCAAACCAUUUCCUUUAUGGUGGAAGGAACAUUUUAACUUUCCCACAGAAGGAUCAAAACGUGAAUUCAAACUACCCACGAAACCGAAAGCAAAUGUAUUUAGUUCGGAACAUCGGGUGUGUUUCAGUGAUACAGACGAAAACAAGCAUAUGAAUUAUACAGUAUACGUCCGAUUUUGUUGUGACAGUUUCUGUGAAAACGUUCUUGCUGGUAAAUAUGGUGUUAGUUUAGAUGUGUACGAGAUAGGGGUGAAGAAAUUGCAGAUUUCUUAUUUAAAUGAGUGUAAUUUGGGAGACAUUUUGACUGUUGCAUCUUGGGAAGAUAAAGUCAUCAAAAAUGCAUAUCAUUUUGAGAUAUGGAAUGGUUCCGUUUUGUCAGCCACUGUCACAAUCAGUUACCAUAAUUUUUUCAACAUAGAAAAGUGUAGCCGUUUAUAGUCGGUGGUUAAUAGUUUAUCAACUGUGGGAACUGUGCUGUACUUGAUAAUUAUUUAAUCCAUUCAGAACUUGAGUAAAUUUAAGAGAAACUAUACACACUUAAGAACGUAAAUUUAACAUAUAUAUAUAUAUAACUACAAUAUGUGUAAUUGCAUCGCGAAUAAAAUGUUGCAGUAUUAAACUUUAUUUACAAACGAUGUCGUUUUUCAUUUGACAGCUACCCAGUUCAUCUUCCAGAUGUUAUUCAAACAUAAACGGGCACCUGGACAGAACCACGGUUACUGGGUGGCUUCCAUAUAUGA